CAGCCUCACACCACACUCAGCCUCACACCACACUCAGCCUCACAACCACACAGCCUCACACCACACUCAGCCUCACAACACACAGCCUCACACCACACUCAGCCUCACAACACACAGCCUCACAAAUCAUCGCGUCACGAGUCCUCUCUGCCCGUGAGCCCUGGCCCUGGACCGCCCUCGCCAUGAAGUGGGGCAGCUACAAGUACCGAUUCGUCCCUUGGAUGUGGCUCAAUAUUCUCAAAAACCAGAGGACACUGCGUGUGGUGUGUGCACGCGGUGACGGGGAGCAGCUGGGCCAUGGCGAGGUGGGAGCACAGCUGCUUUUACUUCUCCAAGCCCUGAAUAAGGAACCAGGGAGGCCCGUGGAGGUGAUGCGCGCCUCUCUGGGCUUUGCUGUCGAGCGCGCAGCGAGCUCCGUUCCCGGGGCAGGUACCGGAGUGUUCGUCACGGGAGGCGCCGUCCCCGCCCACGCCCUCGUCUGCCUCUAUCCAGGCACAGUGUAUCAGAAGUUUGAGCCGGUGCUGUUCCAGUCGCUGGGGAACCCAUUUAUGUUCUGCUGCCUGGACGGCGUGCUGGUGGAUGGCCGUGACCGCGGCCUCUCCCGGAUCGUCUACAGGUCUUGUAGUGGGCGGGACAGGCUGGGGCCACACGCCCUGAGUGAUGUCACGUGGCUCACUCCCCAGCCUAUAAAUCCACUCAGCAUUGGCCAGUACAUCAACAACUGCUCAAAUGAAAAGGAAGCGAAUGUGUGCUACCAGGAGUUUGAUGUGCCUCCAGAAUUUCCCUUGAACCUGCGCCGGUUCCUACCCAACGUGCCCUACAGCCACCACAUAGAAAGGCCUCUGCGUUGUGUAGUAUUGGUGUCCCUACGAAAGAUCCUUUCAGGAGAAGAACUUUUCUCCAACUACUACACCCUAGUUCAGUGAAUACCCAUAGUGAUGCUCAGGUCGUUUAUCUCACAACGUCCCACAUCAGCGUCCUCCCAGGCUUAAUGUUGGAAAGUGAUAAGGAAAGGGGAGCCACAUUUCCUUCAGGGCUGCGGGUACUAAACUACCCUUGAAAAGACGAGUAAAUGAAUAACUGCGGCUCAACACUUGACUGCACCAGUGGAAGAGAAGACAGUGGGACAAAGAUACAAGUGGGAUGUAAGAUUAGAAUCCAGAUACUUUCUAUUGCUCCACCAUUGCUGGCCAUGGACCCUUCCUGCAUCAACACAAACGCUCUCUUCCGAGCUAUAGAGUACGAGUCCUUGAAAUAUAUUUGUUCAAAACAGCCGUAAAAUUGUGCAUGUUAAUUUGUGUUGUCAUACUUGUAAGUUCAAGGAACCUCAUGAACUACAUUAUUUUAAACUUAUUUUUAAGGGACAAUGUACCCCUGAAACAUGCAUGCCGCCAAGUUUGAAAGUCCAUGGCAUUUGCAAUACAAUUUUUACUUUUCUGAUGUAAACUUGUGUUUUGAAUUACUUCACACGAGCCACUGAAGCCUACACGUUUUGUUAGGAAAUGCCACAUAUCCACC